AUGCCCUGGACACCAACCACCUCAGGCUUCACCCGACCUCUUGGCCCUAAUGAAGUUUUCAUAAAGCUGGUCAGUGACCCUGGCCACGCACUUGGCCGUGAGCACUGGGCGCCCCCGCGGUAUAUUUACGGCCUUGUCGGAUUCGCCAGAUCUGCUACCAACUUUGAUGCGCUACAGCUGGUUACAUCUUCGUUUCCAGCACCCCAGUCUAGCUGCGCACGUGGAAUCCCCAACGUUAUCUAUAAAGUUCCUGGCUCGACCGAUGCUCUUAAUGAAUGGGCCUCGCAGACCUUCGUAGUCAAGGCUGAUGCCCCGUCUGCCGACGAUGUGAUUUCCACCAUUGCACCCGCUGCUGAUGCCCAGCUGUACUAUAUCCCCCAGUCAAGCGAGCUGCUUCUGCAUACUGCACACUGGCGUAUGGAUGGAGUCAGUGGCAUGCUCCUUCUCGGCCAGCUAGUGGAUCUGAUGACCUCGCACGCCGACACCCUUCUCUCGGGAAAGCUGCCAGACCCAUUCGAGGCGUUUGACUGGGGAUCGGAGUCUGUACGGCUGUCACCGUCAGUCGAGGAAGCCGGCAAUAUGCCCCUCACAGCAACCGAGGAGCAUAAAGCCAUCGCUCACGGGGCAGUUGGCACUUUUGCUCUGGCAGCGGGUGCUCUCGGAGUCCCCUAUACCGGGGAUGCCUCAACAUUACCCUCCGGCACACGAGCCGCGAAGCUGAAACUAUCGCCUCGCAUGACAGCCGAUGCCAGGGCCGCUGCAAAAUCCCGUGGUGUUGACAUUACCUCUGCCGUUCAUGCCAGUCUAGCUGCCGUCAACUUCCGACGCGCGAUCCCUGAGCAUCAGGGCCGGCACUAUACCAGCACCAUUAAACAGUCACUUCGACCUUAUCUGCCGGAACCAUACUCGACCCCUACAGCCGCAGCAGCUCUCUUCACGAGCGGCUGGCUGGUUAGAGUUGAUGCCUCGGGAACCUGGGAUGAGAAUGCCCGCGCGCACCGCGAGUAUGCAUCUACUUUGGUCGAUGUGAUUAAGAACUUGCCCACUCCGACUGAGCCGCCUAGUGAUAUGGAUAUUAGCAGUAUGGGAAUCAUGGAAAAAUAUCUGAACCCCGAAUAUGGAACUCCGGAACGUGGGUUUAGUAUCUUGAAUGCUGGUGUAGGUGUGAAAAUGCUCACGCGUCAAGGUGUGGUCUUUGUUUGGACAUUCCGUGAUCAGUUGACGUUGCGUUUGGUGUACAAUGAGGCUUUCCACACCCCGGAGCAGAUGAAUGAAUUUUUGAAGGAUGUUCAGGGAGACCUUUUGAGAGAAUUGGAGGUGACUGAAUAG